AUGCCUUCAGUAGAGACUCCCGCAAUCUCCAAAGCCGGCAUCACCACGUCCGCAUCCGGCGAACGCCAUAUUCCCGCAUCCGUCCGUCCCGACGGCACCCUGCGCAAAGAAAUCCGAGUCCGCCCAGGCUACCGCCCACCCGAAGAUGUCGAACUCUACAAGAAUCGCACUGCUGAGGGCUUCCGCAACAGAGGAAAGGCGGGUGUGCCAGGUGCCGAGGCGGUGAAGAAUGAGGAUACAACCAGCAUAUCGAGUCCAGCUGCGAAUAAGAACGCCAAGCGGAGGGAAGCUAGAAAGAAGGCAGCCGCCGCUGCGGGUGAUGGGAAAGAUGAGGACAAGGAAGCUUCUGCUGAGCCCAAAGAAGCAGGCAAACCGGCUGAGAUUAAAGAGAAGGAGGUCGCGAAGCCCGAGGCUGAGAAGGUUGUCGACCCUGAGGUUGAGAAGGAAAAGGAAGCGAAGAAGCUCACCAAGAAGCUGAGGCAGGCCAGGGAUUUAAAGGACAAGAAGGACAAGGGCGACAAGCUGCUACCGGAGCAGUUCGAGAAGGUCAUCAAGAUCAACGAGCUCAUACGCCAACUAGAGGGCCUCGGCUUCGAUGCGCAGGGAGAGAAGAAGGGAGAGACUUGA